AUGGAAAACUUAGUCAAAAGGCUCGCUACAACUCGUGUGUCGGAUAGACUUUGCGAUUUCAAGUCACUGUUCGCGUCCGAACCAUUUUCUCACAAUGGGUACUCAAAUCGUGGAUGCAAAUCCUCGUUUUGGGGUGUGAAAAUGGUGGUAAUUGCCAACCACCCUAACCUUACUGAUGAUCAGGUCGACAUGGAAAAUUUAGUCAAAAGGCUCGCUACAACUCGUGUGUCGGAUAGACUUUGCGAUUUCAAGUCACUGUUCGCGUCCGUAACACUUUUUGGGUGCUCAAAUCGUGGAUGUAAAUCCUCGUUUUGGGGUGUGAAAAUGGUGAACCCUGUGCUCGCUACUCACGUAUAUGUGUCUGAAGUAACCACCCCAACCUUACUCACUGAUGAUCAGGUCGACAUGGAAAAAUUUAGUCAAAAGGCUCGCUACAACUCGUGUGUCGGAUAG